AUGAGCUCUAUACGUGCGACUGAACCCAUGGACGAUGGUAUUUCCGAGAACGAUUUGACUAUCAAUGAUUUGCGGAAGGCGAUUCCAGAUCAUUGUUUUUCUCCGUUCUAUCUUGUUGCACUUAGCUAUCUGCUGAGAGAUAUCAGUGGUAUUGUGAUGCUGGCAACCUUGGCAGUACUUAUGUCUUCCCGAAUUUCAAAUAUUUACCUCUGUGCUAUAUUAUGGUGUCUAUAUGAACUCUUGCAAGGCCUGUUCGCAACCGGAUUGUGGAUACUAGGUCACGAAUGCGGCCAUGGUGCCCUGUUUCCAAGCCAGCGGAUCAACGAUAUUGUUGGAUGGUGCCUCCACUCAAUACUUUUUACACCAUACUUCGCUUGGAAAUUAACACAUCGCCGUCACCAUUCCUACGCAAAUCAUAUGGAGAAAGAUAACCACUAUGUCCCAUACCGCCGCGAGGUAUAUGCUGCCAAGCUGCGCAUUGACCGAGAUCAAUUAGACCAUCUUUCAUCCGACGCUCCGGGAAUCGCUAUGGCUCGCUUAUUCGUGCAGCAACUAUUCGGAUGGCCGUGCUAUCUUCUGUUCUAUGUGACUUCAGGGCCAGAGAGUAUGCAUCCCAGAAAGCCUGGGAAAUGGUGGCAGAAUAAUCAUUUCAACCCCACGAGCCCAUUGUUUAGCCCUGAGGAAUUCUCAUCUUGCGUGAUUUCAGACAUUGGUAUAGGUAUAACUGCGACAGGACUAUGGUUACUGUGCAAAUUAUUCGGAUUCAAAACCAUUGCCUUGCUUUAUCUCUUUCCGUGGCUCUGUGUGAAUCAUUGGAUAGUCGCUGUGACCUACCUACAGCAUAAUCAUCCGUUGGUGCCGAGAUAUGAGCAAAGCUCAUGGACUUUCAUGAAAGGAGCUCUUGCCACAAUUGACCGCGAUUUUGGCUGGGUGGGAAGGUUUUUUUUCCACAAUGUUGUUGAUUUUCAUGUGGUUCACCAUCUGUUUCCUCAGAUACCCUUUUAUCAUGCGGAAGAGGCCACAUACGCUAUGAUUCCAAUCUUAAAAUCUCGAUACAAAGCGGAUAAGUCUUCCUCGUUCCUUCGAAGCCUUUGGAGAACAUUUUCCGAUUGUCAAUGGGUUAAGCCUAGGGAAGGAGGAAACGACGGGGAGUUAUGGUUUCAAAAAGGACCAUCCCCACGUCCAGAAGUUGUAAUGCGAAGAUGGAGAUAUAUCGCGUCUAUGGGGGACACUGUUUGGAUGUGAUUAACAUGGUUCGGAAAUGAAAUUGGCAUGAUGCUAGAUUAGAAUCAUUUGUCGGGGCUUCCCGAAGACGUGGGGCGUGGUUAGCAAGGACAAGGCGGCUAGUUUUGAGAUCAAAGGGUUCUUGCAAGAUAACAAGGUUCGA